AUCAUUAGUUCUAACCGGUGCCCCUCAAAAUUCCUCUCCAUUCACGCAUAUAGCAUUGAGCAAGCAAAGCAACUUCGUCUUCAGUACUUCACCUUCAAAAAUCCUCUAGGGGUUUUCCUGCUUCAGCCACCGGCAAUCACUGCAGGCUUCAGCCACCGACCCACCGGCCACCGGCAAUCUGCCGCCUUCAUUUGCGGUGCAUUUCAGUUUCUGGUGGCCUCUCAAAAAACAUUGUCUUAACCUCGGUUGACAGGAGCAGAAACAAAACAUGGAUGUCGAUUCGCAGGAAGGUAUGGAGGAAACUAUUUUGGUUGGUGAUGAUUUAAUGACGGGGCCUCCCUCACCUAUCAUCCCCCCAGAAAUUGCUGCUCAUGUGCUUGAAGGCGUCAACAUGUGUGAUGGUUUGCUGAGGAACCUAUUUUUAUGUUUACAAAUCAAUGAUAUUGAGCCUUUCUGUCAAGAUGAAAUUGCUUUGUAUCGACAGUGUGCAGAAAGAAGAGAUAAGGAAAUCAGACAAAGGCUUCAAGAUAGUGAACAUAAAUUAGGCUUAUCGAUGCCUAUUGAUCAAGCUAAGGAAAGAGCUGCUGAACUGGAAUCAGAAGUCACAAAACUAGAAAGGCGUUUGAUUCUUGCUAGUGGAAUGGAAGGCAUUGAAGGAUUUCGCCAAAGAUGGAGUUUACAUGGGCGUCUCUCAGACACAAGGAACAGAUUGGAGUCUCUAAAGCAGGGAAUGGAAAAAAGAAAGCCAGAUGAGCCAACUCAGACUCCAUCAACUAGACGAUGGUUUUCCUGGACAAAGCAGACUGAAGAAUAGAACUAGAUGAGGCGCUCACUUCUGAUGCAUUGUUGAGAAGUUCUCGAAUUGUUUCAAAAUUAUCACGAAAAUCUAUUUAAGUAACUUAAUUCGUGAAGUUUGUUUUCAAUUUCUUUUAGGUUAGUUUUGGUGUUCAAAGAUCGGUGCAUCUUGUAUCUAAGGUUGCAAAGUCAUUCUAGUUAGAGGGAAUUCGACUGAGGCACUUCUUUGGUAGUCUUAGAUUUUUGAAUUUCUUGUAGCAGUUUUGUUAUAGAUAAGUCAUUUAAUAACUUCAAAUGACCAUAAAUUUGAUCACGAAGUUCACUAAUUUCUACAGUUCAAAAA